AUGUCCGUCUUGUUCUCCAUCGAGCCGCCCACGGCGGACUUUCCGAAGUGCAAGGACAAGGUGAUCAUCUCGUGGGUUGGGCGGCUGCUGGACAAGGGCAAGGACAUCUGCGAGAAGGCCAAGGCCGCCGGCGUGACCCUCAUCGAUGUGACCGCGGUGCCGCGCAUCACCAUCGCGCAGAAGUUGGACGUCCUCAGCUCCCAGGCGAAAGUCGCAGGCCACCGCGCGGUCAUCGAGGCCUCCUAUGCCUUCGGCCGCUUCCACACUGCCGAGAUGACCGCCGCAGGCAAGUACCCGCCCUCCCAGACCUUCGUCCUGGGCUGCGGCGUCGCGGGCCUCGCGGCCAUCGGCACCUCCAAGGCCAUGGGCUCCGUCGUCCGAGCCUGGGAUGUUCGCGACGUGUCCGACCAGGUCCACUCCAUGGGAGCGAAGUGGGUGAGCGUCGACUUCAAGGAGAGCGGCGAGGGCCAGGGAGGCUACGCCAAGGAAAGCUCCGACGCCUUCAAGAAGGUCCAGCAGGAGACCUUCAAGAAAGUUCUGUCCGAGUGCGACAUUGCCAUCAGCACCGCCGCCAUUCCGGGCCGCCCUUCGCCGCUUCUGAUCACCAAGGACGCCGUUUCCGCGAUGCGCCCGGGGAGCGUCAUUGUGGACCUGGCGGCUGCAGGCGGCGGCAACUGCGAGCUUACCAAGCCCGGUGAGAUCUACACGACGCCCAACGGCGUGACCAUCAUCGGAUACUCCGACAUGCCGGCACGCAUGUCCAACCAGGCCAGCACCAUCGGGCUCAGCGGCGGCCUCAGCGGCCUCAGCGACUUCAGCGGCCUCAGCGUUCAGUGGUUCAGUGGCCUCAGCGGCCGGAGCGGGCUCAGCGGCUUGGGCGGCUUCAGCGGGCUCAGCGGCCUGAGCGGGCUGAGCCUCAGCGGCCUGAGCGCCCUGAGCAGGCUCAGCGGGCUCAGCGGGCUGAGCGGCCUCAGCGGCUACAGCAGGCUCAGCGGCCUCAGCGGCCUGAGCGGCUUCAGCGGCCUCAGCGGCCUGAGGGGCAACCUCCUCCGCCACAUCCACGGCAAGGGCAAGGCUGGCGAGUUCAUGAAGAACCUGCUGGGCGCCCUGGACGCAGGUGAAGAGGGGGACAUCGUCUCCAGAAGCAUCGUGUGCACCCGCGGUGGGCAGCUGGUGAAGAUGCCCCCUCCCCCGCAGCCCACGCCGGUGAAGCCGAAAGCGGCGCCCGCCGCGGGCGAUAAGAAGGCGGCGCCCAAGGAGGAGCCCAUGAAGGCCGCGGCCAUCGCGGCGCUGGUGCUCACGAUCGGCGUCGGCUGCAUGCUGGCGAUGGGCGAAGGCGUGAAGACCUCGUUGCUCACCACCUUCCUCCUGGCUGGGGCUGCAGGCUACCAGGCCGUGUGGGGUGUCGCGCACGCGCUCCACACCCCGCUGAUGUCGGUGACCAACGCCAUCUCCGGAUGCACGGCCGUCGGAGGCCUCCUACUUCUGGACAAGACCGACUCAGGACCCGCCUGGUUCUUGGCGGUUAUUGCUGUGCUCGUCUCCGCCGUGAAUAUCUUUGGUGGCUUCGUGGUGUCCCAGCGCAUGCUGGACUUGUUCAAGAAGCCAGGCGACAAGGACUUCUCAGGACUCAUGCUGUUCCCUGGUGUGGUCUUCUUGCUGGUGGCACUGACCCGUCCCGAGCUGCUGAAGGCUGUGACCACCGUCUCCGCCCUCCUCUGCGUGGCCGCCAUCGGCGGGCUCGCGACCAUGUCUACGGCCAACGCGGGCUGCAAGUUCGGAAUUGUGGGCGUCUUCGGCGCGAUGGUGGCCACCAUGGUAGACCUGUCGGAGGAGAACUUGAUCAUCAGCUCCAUUCUGCUGGUCAUCGGUGGCACUGCAGGUGUGGGUCUGGGCAUGAAGGUGUCGCCCAUCGCGCUGCCACAAACGGUGGCGGCCUUCCACUCCCUGGUGGGCUUGGCGGCCAUGUGCACGUCCAUCGGAUCCUACGUCAAUCGAAUUGCAAUCUGCGUGUGCGGAGCCGCCCUGUAUCUGGGAAGGUCCGAGCCGGACGAGGUCUUUGAGCCGCUGGGAGAUCGGUGCACAAUCGUCUCGUACAACCACAGCUUCGAAAGCCAACGCGCCAGCAGCGCCGACGGUGAUAACCACCUCAAGGAGUGGUGCCUUGAUGUCGUAGAAUACACUUUCACCUACAACAACCAGAGUGCAGUAUACUCAGAGUCGCCCCUGAGAAUGCGGCGGAAUGAGCGCGAUUCCGAGGCAAAGUGGCCUUGGGAACCCAUAGCAGAUGUGUGUGACGGCGCCGAGGGCUUCUAUGACCCAUCGUGCGGCCACCUCUGCGGCGUGGGCCAGAAGGUCUUCUGUUGGAAGCCAAGCGGAGGCGCUCGUCCUUCUUGGGCCGCUUGUGGAAAUCCGCAGUGCUACAAGAUCACGCCGCCCAAGCUUGCGAAGCGCCUCGCAGACGAGCAGGGCUCCGAGGGCUUGCGGAUCGCCCUCCUGGUCAUGGCCCAGGGUGGGAAGAUCCUACAUCGCCUUGGCCUGGGUGAGGCGCUGGAGGCGAAGUCGAACGCCCCGAAGCAGUUGAAGUUCUUCUGUGAGGGCGAGCUCGUCACCUCUUCGGACGUGGACCCGGUAAAGGGCCCCCGGACGGCCAUGCGCAAGGACUUGCAAAGCAUUCUUGUUGAGUCGAUGCCGCCAGAAGUGUUCAAGCUGGGCCACAAGCUGGAAGAGAUCGCGGAGAAUAGAGACGGUGUCUUGCUUAAGUUCGAGAACGGGGAGACCGGCACGGCGGACGUCGUGAUCGCUGCCGACGGCAUCCACAGUGUGGUGAAGAAGAAGAUUUUCAAUGACGACAAGCCCGCGUACACGGGCUUCCGGAUCCUGUACGCCCUUUGCUCGAAGCCUGUGAGGCCCGAGCCAGGUUUGCUGCAGAUCAACUGGUAUGAGUCUGGGGACAAAGGCUACCAUGUCAUGGACUGGACGGCUGGUGCAGGUGAGGGCCGCCACGACGCACACCUCCUGGCCUUCCGCAGCGAUGAGCUCGUCAGCGAGAAAUGGGACUCCACCAUCGUCAAAGACAAGAUGAAGGACUUGACCGAAGCUGUCCUGUCCAAGCAUCCCACGCUCGCUGCCGCCAUCGAUUCCGCGGACAUCUGCUUUGACUGGGGCAUCUACUCACAGCCGAAGCUGAAGUCGUGGAUAUCGCCUCUUGGGCGAGUCGUGCUACUUGGCGACGCGGCCCACGCGACGGCCCCCUUUAUGGGACAGGGGGCCAACAUGGCUAUGGAAGAUGGCUGGAUGUUGGGUAAGAUCCUCUUGAACGUGAAGCCGGAUGGCUUCUCCCUGGACGAGGCCUUGAAACUCUACGAAUUCAAGCGCUUGGCUCACUGCGAGGGCAUUGUCAGCAAGAGCUCCAUGAUUGGCGGCAUGAAUACCUCCACUGGUUUGAAGGCGCGGUUUCGGAACUUCGUCUUGCCCUUCAUGAUGAAGAAGAUGCAGGCAGACCUCUGGGUCGACCCCACCGAGGAAGAUCCCUGUGCAAGCCCCGGGUUUUUCGAGUCCCUGGGUGCCAAGCUGGGCCUCCGCUGUUCGAAAGAGCUGUCCCUGCCGGGAAAGAACUACCUGAACCUCUUCGGGCUCUUCCUGUUCAUCUCCCUGAUGUACCUCUUCCUGCAGCCAGGCUGCGAGCAUGGCAUCCUUAACCUCUGGAUCGUCGCGGCCCUGGCCUGCCUCAUGGGGCUCCACUUGGUGGCCAGCGUGGGCGGUGGCGACAUGCCCGUGUGCAUCACGGUGCUGAACUCCUACUCCGGCUGGGCUCUUGUGGCCGAGGGCUUCCUGCUGGACAGCAAUGUGCUUACCAUCGUGGGCUCCCUGAUCGGCUUCUCAGGAGCCAUCCUCACCAAGAUCAUGUGCGAUGCGAUGAACCGCGACAUCUUCAACGUCCUCUUCGGCGGCCUGAACAACGCCCCGGUGGUGAAGGGCGCUGACGAUGGCCCAAAGGAGCAUGUCGAAUGCAACGUCGACCUCUGCGCUGAGAUGCUGGUGAACGCGAAGGAGGUGCUGGUCGUGCCCGGUUACGGCAUGGCAAUGGCGCGCGCCCAGACUCCCAUGGGCGAGUUGGCCUCCAUGCUGCGGAAGAACAACAUCGUCCUCAAGCAGCUAGGUUUAUAUGAGGUUUAG